AGAGAAGAGGGAAGAGCAGUAGGCAGCAGGAACAGCCAACCCUUAGCCAGUACUAGGGCAGAGAACUGCUGGAGCCUUCGUCGUGCUCCCAGGACUUCAGCACCCGAGACAGCUCCCAAACUCUCCAGAACACUGCUCAGCAAGAGGUGCAGAAAUGGAAACCAGAAGUGAGCCCCAGCUCCUUGUGAUCCUGACACUUUUCAGUGUGCUCUUCUCACAGACCCUGGCGUGGCCUCUUUUUGGAGCACCUUCUGCUCUAAGGUUGGGUGACAGAAUACCAUUUGAAGGAGCAAGUGAACCUGACCAAGUUUCAUUUAAAGCAGACACUGACAUCUUGCAGAAUGCAUUAGAUGAAAAUGACACACCCUAUUAUGAUGUAUCUAGAAAUGCCAGACAUGCUGAUGGAGUUUUCACCAGUGACUUUAGCAGACUUUUGGGUCAACUUUCUGCCAAAAAGUACCUUGAGUCCCUUAUUGGCAAACGAGUUAGUGCCAACAUCUCUGAAGACCCUGUACCAAUCAAACGUCACUCAGAUGCAGUCUUCACUGACAACUAUACCCGCCUUAGAAAACAAAUGGCUGUAAAGAAAUACUUGAACUCAAUCUUGAAUGGGAAAAGGAGCAGUGAGGGGGAAUCUCCUGACUUCCCCGAAGAGUUAGAAAAUUGAUGAAAAAGCUCUUUGGAGAAAAGCUGAUGACGACUUCCCAGUGAAUUCUUGAAGAAAAAAGGUAAACAGUAACUAAAUUUGAGUUCUACAUGAGUAAUUCAAGAAAACGUCAAUAUCAAAACCAAAUAAAAUAGUGUUGUGAAUGUUGUGAUUUAUUUUGUUCUAAUGUAAUAACUGUGAUGUUUACAUUGUAAAUAUUAUUUGAGAGUUCUAAAUUUUGUCUUUAACUCAUGAAAAGCCUGUAAUUUCAUAUGCUGUAUAUCUUUCUAACAAAAAUAUAUUUAAUGAUAAGUAAAUACUAUGUUCAUUUCAAUUACAUUAGACUUUUUAAGUAGUAAUAGAGAAACAUUGAUGUGUUUAUUUAUAGUGUACUUAACUAUUCAGAAUAGUAGGGUAGAUGAGGAGUGUGUCUGAAUUUGAAUGUUAAACAGAUAGAAUCCUAUGUUAAAUAAACUCAAAAUGUCUAAAAGUGACAACAACAGAGAUCAGAAGACAUUCUUCAAAAAAAAAAUUUCCAAAAAUCUUAUGCAUUUCCACAGCUAUAGACAACAUUUAUUUUUAAUGGGGGUUAAAAAUCUCUCAGAUUCAGAUCUGCAAUCACCAAAGGCUUUCUUCUGACGUAGUGCUUCAGUUAAGGAAGACGACACCUACUUCUGACAUUAGACCUUCUCUUUGUGUUUGUGUUAAGUAUGCGUAAGCUGAAUGGAACACUUGAUUUGCAAUAAUACAUAUUUUUUCCAUAAUCAUUCAAAAUAAUGCUUUGGUCAUAUCAGCUUCCUUCAGUGAACGUACAUUUGGAGACACACUAUUUUUCAAAAUGAUUGUAAGAAAUUAAAUAUAGAAAAUAAAGAUCUUUGGUUAUCAUUGCAGGUA